AUGACAAGCCGCGGCACGGUUCGUAUCUGCACGCCAGGGGGUAACGAGCUGGCAGUGCCAUUUUCCGAAGAGCAGACGGUGGCACAGCUCAAGGUGCAGCUCGAACAGCAGCUCGCAGCAAGCCUGAAGAUGGAGACGCCUGCGGUCUUCCUCCGUCUAUUACAUGGCGCGGAGGAGCUGAAGGACGAGUGGCUGCUUGUGGAGCAUGGUGUUGCAGAUGGCACGCUCUUGACUCAGAUAGUCUCUCCACAUCCUUCAGGGGUUUUCAAGCUGAGAAGUGAUGGCCUCAGGGGCGGCCUCAGGGGAGGUCCGGCUGGUCGAAACACCACGGCCACUAUACACGCCGAGUUCCGCGAGGAUGGCACUUUCCACAUCAGUGUGAAGGAGACCGAGAUUACCUCCCUUGUAAGGCUCGCGGAUUGGGACCCACAUCGAGAAGGAGCUGCUUUUGAUCACGAGUACGAGGGCAAGACCAGUUCUUGGUCACCUCCGCGAUUUAUUCUGUCGGUGUCUCGCUGCGAGCGCAAAGGCAAGUUCGUAGAUGCAGAGCCUGUGGAAUUGACAGGGGAGAUAUGUCCAGAUGCGGGCGAGGUUCAGUUGCAGCUCCCUUUUGCAGCGGGAGCAUGCAAUGAGGGGAGGGCGGGCUUGCGAUGGGUGACUGUGUCACAGAAGCCGCCCUGCGAACCUGAUCAUGACAGCUCACCUGCGGAAGCGGAAGGUCUUGAUCCGGUCGCAGCGCCACUUGAUGCACCAGGGAGAAGUCGAGUGCCAAAGCUGCUGUCCAAGGCUUUCGGGUACUUGUCCCCUAAGCGGUGA